AUGAAUGAUCUCAAUAUAUACAAUAUACUAAACUAUGAGAAUGUAAGUAUAAUUCCUAAUAAAAAAGUAUGAUCAAUUAGUCCAACUAUUUAAUGAGAAUGGAGCUUGUUAAUUUUAUUCCUCAAUCUUCUUACAUUCUUUAGAUAUUACACUUUACAAAGAGGAGCCAAUAAAAUAUUUAAACAAAAAGAAUCAAAAUUAAUUUGGGAUUAUCAAAGAAAUAGUGUGUUUGAAUCUAAAAAACAAGAACUAAUUACCAUUGAUAAAAAUUUAGGUUUUAUUGACUACAUAAUUUGUUUCAUAAUAUGUAAAUACAAAAAUAGCAGAUUGGUUAGAAUCUAGAGAACUCUUCUCUUGUCAAGAUACAUAAUGGAUUUGCUGGAGUGGUACAACUAUAGUUAUUUACUUUUAGAUAUAUAAGGCAAAAUCAUUCUAGUUAAGCAUGAUGAAAUUCCAUCUUAUGCUAACAAAAAAUAGAUGGUUUAUUUUAUGAGAGCCUCAUUUAAUCAUUAUACUAAAUAGUUUAAUCCCCCUUAUGAUUAAUGGUAGAGAUAGUAUUGUGUAUGUGGAAAUCCUGAUAAUCAUGAAAAAAGAUAUGUGUAAUGUGAUAUCUGUGAUAUUUGGUAUCACAUGGAAUGUGAAGGAUUAACUUAACAAUAAUGUGAUAGACUAGAUAAAAAUAAACGAUUAACAUAUUCCUGUAAUUCAUGUAAAAUUGGAAAGAAAAAGAAAAGAUGA